GCAAGUAGCAACAGAUUCAAAUACUCACUCAAACACAAGGCUUUUCAGAAGCCAAUUAAGAUCUGUUGGAUCGUCUUAUAUGUGCUUAUCAUUGAGACUUUAAGUUGUUCUUUCCAUACUUUUCGAUGCGGGGUUUUGUGCCUGAAGCUCUUCUGGGGAUUUUGUUGAUAUUAUUGUUUUCUGCGAGUUUCUGUUAUGGUACUGUAGAGGUAGUUGGUCGUGGAGAAUGUGGUGACUGUAAGGAGAACAAUAUCAAGACAAGCCAUGCAUUGUCAGGGUUAAAAGUAACCAUUGACUGCAAGUUUGGAGAUGGCAAAUUCAAAACAAGAGGUGUUGGAAAGCUGAACGACGAAGGACACUUCAAGGUAUCUCUUCCUCAAGAAAUCUUGAGAGAUGGAAAGUUAGCUGAAGAAUGCUACGUACAACUGCACAAUGCAGCAAAUGCACCUUGUGCAUUUCACAGCGGAUUAGAAGCCUCUAAGAUCAUUUUCCUGUCAAAGUCGAACCAAAAACACACCUUUGGACCCACAGGAAAACUGAAAUUUUCGUCGGCAGUUUGCACAUCCGCCUUCUUUUGGCCAAUCUUUAAGCACCCUACACUCCCAAAACCCUCUUUGCCUAAGGGUCACCCUUGGCUUAAGAAGUUUGGCCAUGUUUUGCCUCUCCCACCACUUCCACCCAAGGUUCUCCCUCCUUUCCCAUUACCACCAAAAAUACCCUUCAAAAAGCCAUGCCCGCCGCCAGUUCCAGUCUACAAACCAACACCUAAGCCGCCAGUCGUUGAGCCUCCUCCAGUCUACAAGCCAAAGCCAGAGCCACCAGUCCCAGUUUACAAACCAAAGCCAAAGCCACCAGUUUACAAACCGAAGCCAAAGCCAAAGCCAAAGCCAGAGCCACCAGUUUAUAAGCCAAAGCCAGAGCCACCACCAAAGCCAGAGCCCCCAGUUUACAAGCCGAAGCCAGAGCCCCCAGUUUACAAGCCGAAGCCGAAGCCAGAGCCCCCAGUUUACAAGCCGAAGCCAGAGCCGCCAGUUUACAAGCCCCAUCCCAAAAUCUUGCCACCACCUAUUCCAGUUUACAAGCCCCAUCCCAAAAUCUUGCCACCACCUAUUCCAGUUUACAAGCCUCUACCACCAUUCUAUAAAAAACCAUGCCCACCAUUUUCACUCCCCAAGCUUCCUCCUCUCCCCACCAUUCCUCCAAAAAAAUAUCACCAUCCCAUCAUACCCCUACCUCCUCAUCCAUAAGCUUCCAUUCCCAUUGAAAUUAUUUAAAUUUGGUAAGUCGUAUGCAUGUAUGUAGGAUGAAGAAAGUAAUAAAGAUUGGAAGGUGGGAUGAUGGCAUGCAGUUGAUGCAGAGAAGAAGAUAAUGAUGCAUAUAGAUGGAUAGAUGUCUAUUUUGUUCAUGGGCAGUGUGUGUGUGUGUGUGUGUGAAUUUGAGGUAUUUAAUGGAGUUGGUAAAUGUUCCAAUUUAAUUAAGUUUGAUUUGUUUAUGUGGCAACUUGAAUAGUUGUCUUUAUAAUUAUUUGUAAUUCUUGGAUUGUUCUCAUCUAAGGAUUUCUUUCAUUUACGUACACAAGUUUUCUUCA